AUGACUUCGGAAACCUCACAAAGGGACGCAUCUCUUCAACUCGUGCAACAAUAUUCUCAUGAUGGCAUUGGACCUGAAUCGGUUUUAUUUUCAAAUUUACUCUUGCUUGGAUUCGAUCCGAAUGCCUAUGAAGAAAAGUAUAAUCUUGCUUUCCACAAGGACAUGUUCAAAAACACCAACAUCAAAGGCAUGGAAAUUAUCAUGUAUUUUCUAUUUAGCAAAUUGGAUAUGAAACGAACAGAGAAAGAUUUUCAACAAUUGUUUCCUGUGUCGGAUAAGAAGCAACGGACUGCUUUCCGAUCGGUCGCUUUGCAAUGGCUUAAGGAAAUGAAAGAUAGAGGUCAAAUUUAUGUGCUCAAUUUACAGCCAACAUUGUUGCAAUCGGCUUAUGGAGAAAAUCUUUACACAUUACUCCUUCAAGUAUCGACUCAUGUCUUGAGAACAUGUUUCGAACGAGAAUAUCCUGGCUACUUGGAAAAGGCAAUCUCAAAAACAUUCUUUGCUAAUUUUGAGAAUAUGACACAAUUACAAGAAACAAAGGCAGCAAAAAACGUAAUUAUGCUUCACAUUAGAAAUCAAACACGAAAAUUAGUUCAAUAUGCAAAACAUACAGCUGAAAAACAAGAGCGAUGGCAAGAAUUGGCACAAACAUUAACCAAUGAAUACAAAAGCAUGAAUAAGCAAGAAGCUGAAUUGGAAAUUUCUGAACGAGCUUUCAAUAGCAAAAUAGAUCAGAGUUUGUUUAAUGAUGCCAGUGCAACAGAUCGAUCUAAUCAACUUUAUAAUAUUUCCACUUUGUUUAAAAAGCUUGAAUUGCAUCAUGAAGAUUCUGUAGAUAUGAGAGACAUCGUUAGUGAUAUUUCCAAUGGAAGAGAUGGAAGAGUGAAAAUUUUCAAAGAGGAUCUUACAAAACAAAACCAGUCUGUACAUUUUGAGAAAUUUGUAAAUAGUUAUAAUGGAAAGCCAAAACUUAAUCUUCCUCUCAUGGUUGAGAAUUGGACCAAACAACUCUCCACUCUCCAGACACUGAUACGGCAUCACAGCACACAACAAGCAGUUGAACAAGUGAUGGGCAAGACCACACACAGCACGCUGUCGGUAUUGGGGCAGAAAGAUGCCUCAAUUCUUGAAAAUUAUUUGCAAGAAGAAUCCAAAAAACAGCAGCAAUACCUUAAUUCUUUAACGACCUUUUCUAAGGAGACGAAUCAAAUUGUGGAAACAAUGGAAACUGACAUUUUGAAAAUGCGAAAACAAUUAGAUACUUCUUCGUGUGUGGCCUCUCCAAAAAGUAGUAGUAGAUUUAACAAGUUUUCUUUGAUACAAUCCACGCCAAAGAAGAAAACUGUGCAGUUGGUCGAAAACAAUGAGGAUGUUUCAAUGAAGGAUGAUGAUAUCUUUCCUAUCAUUGAUGAAGAGAAAGUUAUACAACACAUUCGAAAGUCUGUACGAGAAGUUGUUCAGCAACAGUGUCGUGAUCAUCAGCAAAAUAAUACGAAUAGAUUAGACGAAAAGAUGAAUCAUAGAAAGAAUAUAUCCAUAUCAGCUCAAGAAUGUACCACCACAUCCAUACGACCUCUUUCAGCCCAAAAGAGCUCUUCCAUCCAAAAUAUGGAGAAAAUUGGCAUGUCUGCAAAACCUUCACAAGUCAAAAGUAGCAAAUUUUCAUCUUCUCAAUUACCAACGACAUUUACCAAGAAAAAGCAAACGAAUUCCAUAUUGAGUAGUAAUGACGACCGAUCAUCUUGUCAAACAAACACAAGCUCUUGUGUUCACAACCUGAAAGAGAGAAUUGAGAAUGAUUACACAGUUGAAAUUGAAGAUUUUGAAACCUUCUCAAAGAAAAAGCGAGAGGAUGAUGACAAUAUCAUAGAAGAAGAUUAUUCAGCUCAAAGAAAGCCGAUCAUUACCAUACCAGAGAAUAGGAAUGGUAACAAUAACAAUCCUACCGUGGUAAAAACCAACACGAACACCACGAAUACAGAACCUCCGAGAACAAUCAGAACAAUCUCUGUAGAAGAAAAGAGUGAUGAUAAUAGCGUAUAUAUUGUGAAAAAGGGAGAUUUUUCCUCUGACAGAACCAUUUGUUAUAUGAAAGAAGAAAAAGGUGGUUACAGUGUCAUCAUUGAACAAUCGGUAAUUUGUGGAAUAAUUGACCAUGCCUACUCGGAUCAUCACAAUGAGAUUAUUGGAUUAUUGGGAGGAUUUCACGAUGCAAAAACAAACACUGUUUAUGUCAGUUGUUUUAAGGCCCUAGCAAGAGAGGUAGAGAAUAUUGCUAUUGAUGGAGUCACAGGUAGCCCUCACGAAAUCAUUAAGGCUCAGGAGUUUUUUCAAACCAAAGAUUUAACAUUUUGUGGAUGGUAUCACUCACACCCUCGAAUACCACCUUUUCCUUCCAUGAAGGAUUUACAAAUGCAAUAUGAAAUGCAAAUGCAAGCCGCAUAUUCGUUUGGUAUCAUUUGCUCUUCUUUCUUUUCUGGAAGGAACAACCAACAAAAGAGCGAUUUCCAAAAUUUCUAUAUUAAUUGUUUCAGAGUUCAGGAAAGGCAGGGAACAUUCACAGCUCUUAAAGUAGAGUAUUCUAUUAACAAUUUUGGAUGUUUAAAGUUAGAGUCCCAGAUAGAAAUGGUGAAUACCAUGAAGACAUGCUUCCAAGAGGCAAAGGAAACCUAUGCGAGGCUCAUGGAAGAAUCAAUACAUGAGAAUAACUUGGAAAAACAAUUGUACAUAAUGUCAAAGUAUCAAUCAUUUCUUUUUGAAUUUUGGAAUGGUUCAAUCAAUCAGAGGAUAAAAACAUUAAGGCAAGAUGUUUCAAAUAUGAGAGCUCAAAACUUACAUUUGAGACAGAAACUGGAUCAACAAAACAGACGAAAGACAAUAUUUGAACCAAAAGAAAAGAAGACAAAAACUUCAGGGAUUGAAAAAUUAAUUCAUGGCAAUAAGUCCAUCUCUCUCAACAUUUUACACAAAGUUAAUGACCACAAUUUGGAUGUUUCUAAAAUUAUUGAAGAAGAACGAGAAUGCAUGAAAUAUGCAGAAGAAGAAGACGUUAGCGAGGAUUCUGUGCAACUCUUGAAGCAAAUAAGCAACACCGAAGCGCUAGAAUUUCCGGAUCCACCACUUAUUCAGAGAGCCAAUAACUCUACAUUUUAUAUUUAUCGAAAAUUUGUUCUAAAUGGUGAAACAUUUAAUACUGGUGAUCAUGUACAAAUAGAAAUUUCCUUACAGAACGGACCAACCAAAUUUUUGGCCAGAAUUUAUGAAGUUAUAAGAACAGAUGUCAAUAAUCCGGACAAGUUUCAUGGAACAUAUUUGUCCUUACAGUAUUUCCACAAAGCAACUUUGCUUCAGAAUCAUCUCAAUAAUGAUCUUUAUGACAAAUAUUUUAGCGAUGCAGGUGAAGAUGAAUAUGUGUUUACUCCCGCCCCUACUCCACACCACGUACUGAUGCCAAAAAAAUUGGAUCGGGUCAUUAUUUAUGAUUAUUCAAAUUAUAUUAAUUUCAAGUUUGGAGGAAGGAAUGACAACAACAACACACAAGUAUUUUAUUGCAGGUAUCAGCUUACCACUCUAAACAAUAACUGUCUGAUUGAAGAAAUUAAGUCAGAACUUCUCGAUAAAGCAAAACCAUAA